AUGAGUAAAAAUGAUUUAUAGUAAGAAGCAAGUAAUUUAGGAAGACGUUAACUAUAAAUUUAAAAUAAUAUUAGAUGUCUUGAUUGUGAAGGAAUGACCAAUUCAAUUUAAUAUGUUUAAUCUCCUAUAGCUACAGAAUAAAGAUAGGUCGUGAACACAAUGUUGAGAAAAGGCUUUACUGACAAAGAAAUUUAUGAAGAAAUUUCUGGAAUUUAUGGAAAACAUUGUUUUAAUGAUGUUUUUUUUAUAGACGGGGAAAGUCUAAAAUAUAAGUAAAUAAAAUAGAUUAAAUCGAUAGCAGAAUUGUCUCUUUAUAUUGGGAUUGGAGUUUUAACUUAUAAAUUCGGAAAAAAUUAAUUCAAAAAUAUGCUUAAAAAAUGA